CGUGUAUUUUGUUAUAACUCUGUUAUAUCAGUAUCGAUUUUAAAAGAAAGUGUGUAUUUAUCGAUGAGAGCGGAUUCAAAAAGAAUAUGGUGCGCCCUGUAGCCUGUUCCAAGAGAGGGACACCUGCAGAAGUGGAAGUUCAACAUAAAAGUAUUAACUUGAGUAUUCUGGGUAGCAUGUCCGCAUAUGAAUUGAUUGCCCUUUUCCAACAAGUUCCAAAAAGAAAUGGUAGAAAAAAAAAAGAAAAUUGCUGGUACUAAGAGGGUCCUCCUUCACAGGACCAACUCGAGCCAUUUUUUACUGUUUAUUGAGGAAUUAGUAAUC